UCAUUAAAUCAUAAUAGUUUAUUCAUGUGAAGUUAUGCUACUAAAGUGAAAUAAGAAAUUAUGAAUACCCUAAUUUAACACAAUAUAAAAUAAAUACUAUAAAAAUUGUACAAAUUUCUAUUAAUUAUAUUAUAAUAAUAAUAAUAAUUGUAAUUGAAUUCAAUUAAACUUAUUAUUAUUAUUAUUACAAUAUGAGUGAACGUAAAGCUGUAAUUAAAAAUGCUGAUAUGAGUAAUGAAAUGCAAGAGGAUGCAAUACAUAUAGCUGCUGGUGCAUUAGAUAAACAUGAUUUAGAAAAAGAUAUAGCUGCUAAUAUUAAAAAAGAAUUUGAUCGUAAAUAUAAUCCUACAUGGCAUUGUAUUGUUGGACGAAAUUUUGGAAGGUAAGUUUAAUUAUUAAUCAAUGAAUAAAUCAUAUUUUAUAUAUGUAUCAUGAUUAUCAAGAUUAAGAAAUUACAAGACAUUUAUGUAUAGGUCUAUACAUGUACAUGUAUAAAAUGUCAUAAUUCUACAAUUCAAAGUGCAAACUUCAUUGAUAAUAUUGAACGUUAAACUGUAAUUUCCAUUCUGUAUUGUUUAUUUGUACAAGUAAUUGGUUAUUAAGAGUCAGUAAUCAAGUGGAUAAUAUGAUAGUGUAUAAAGUGAACAGUACUGGGAUUUAAGUCCCAGAGUGUAGAUCAACUGUAGGUACAUCUAGCUGACGAGUACAAAUUAGGAUGAAAUUCACAUUUUUGAUUCCACUACAAACCACCAUUCAUCUUUGUUUAUACAAUUUGUAAUUUCAUUAAUACAAAUUCUCAAAACGUACUAUUCAAAAACUAUCGAUCAAACUAACCUAUACAUAAUCGUUUUGGUUCAACUUCUUUGUAUCUAUGAGUUCAUCAAUUGAAUUGAAUGGGAAUCAUUUACUAAUCUUAAUGCAUGAUAAAUCUGGUUUAGAAAUCGAUAUAUUAAGAACUAUUUCUUUCAAUUUUCAAUAAUUAAAUAUACAUUUUUUUCUAUCUAUUUCUCUUUCAUUUAUUCAUAAAGUUAUGUAACACAUGAAACACAUAAUUUUAUAUAUUUCUAUUUGGAUGAUCGAGCAUUCCUUCUAUUUAAAUCUGGAUAAAAGAAUAAUUUAUAAAAGAACUUAUGAAGAUAAUUAUAUUGAACAAUCGAAAUUUAUGCAUCUAAUCAGUGUACUUGACUUUACUUAUAUUUGUCAUCAUUGAUUGCAUUAUAUUAUGUUGGUAAUUGAAAAAAAAGAAGGAAUAUAUCAUUGUUCUUUAAUAUAUUGAGUGUUUUUAUUUAUUGCCUAUUUAUUUCACAUAUUAAAACUGAUUUUAAUGUUAAUUAUUAUAUUUAAAUGCUUUGGUUUGGGCACCCGGGCAGUAUCACAGCCCUCACACAUAUCGAAUAAGAUUUGUGUGGCGCAUAUGUAUUUGGUGCCUCUUUGUACCAAUAUCUAUGUGUUGAAAUAAAUAAAUAAAUAAUUUCGAUCAUAUGAGAA